GCAUUCGCCAUUCACACGAUUACGUGUUUUUUCGUCAGCUGUUUGCUGCAAAAUGCGUUUGUUGUUACCUUGCCAGUGCUGUCCAAUGUGCGACGGUUGUGAUAAAAAAAAAAGAUAGAAAACCAAACGAAACGAAUUUACAUUCGAUAGGCAUUAUAAUAUUAGUGCGCAUUUGGAAAGCAACGAACAGCAAUAGCUAGACCGACAGAAACAGCAACAAAACGGCCGUCAACAUUUUGUUACGUUACAAUCGCUCGCUCCUCAAGAGAAACAUGCACAGCUGUACGCUCCUGCAGGAUGUUUCCAACUAUCAGCCCGAUACGCUGGACCUCAAUACAGAUGCCAAGGCAGCGGCCUAUUGGUUUCCAUGCUUCCGCGAAUUGGUUAACAAAUUCGCCAAACAGGCAGCAAACAGUCAGUUGGAUGACCCCAGUGCCGAGCAGCGUGCAGCGCAAUUCCAGGCCGCAUAUCUGCACCAGCUGGAGGAGCAUCAGAGCAACAUAGCCAACAAUCGGGGCAAAGUGGUGCUCGGUACUAGCGAAUUGCUCAAGCUAAAUGAAACAAUGCUGAGACGUUAUGGCUUCACGGACCCUUGGCUGCGGCAAAAGCAGCAGGAGAAUGCCGCGGCCAAGGCAAGGCUGAAGCAGCGUCUACAGGAGAUCGACGACAUUGCCAAUGAGGAUGCGCGCUGGACGGAGCUGGUGCGCGGUGUUCUAGCAGGCAAUAUGUUCGACUGGGGCGCCCAGGCCAUUGCCAGCAUAUUGGAGCAAGAUAGCAAUUUUGGACUGCAUGCGGCGCUGGAGCGUAUCGAGCAGCGUCCCUGGCUGCUGGAUAAUCUGGAUGCCUGGCUGCAGCGCCUGCACCUGAGUCCGGCACACAAGUGCGCGGUGAUCUUUGUGGACAACAGUGGGGUAGAUGUGGUGCUCGGUGUGCUGCCGUUCGUACGCGAACUGCUGCGACGUGGCACCAAGGUGCUGCUCUGUGCCAAUAGCGAGCCAUCGCUGAAUGAUGUUACCAGUCGGGAGCUGAGCGCACUGCUGGAUGAUUGUGCCUGCCAGUGCGACGUCUUGAACAGCGCCUGGCGUUCGGGCCGCUUGCUAGUGUACGCCAAUGGGCAGAGCGGACCCUGCUUGGAUAUGCGCACACUGCCCCGGGAGCUGUGCGACGCCAUAGCUGCCAAUGAGACUGAUCUACUUGUUAUCGAGGGCAUGGGCAGAGCGCUGCAUACCAAUCUGAAUGCCCAAUUCGCUUGCGAAACCCUCAAGCUGGCCGUGGUCAAGAAUCGUUGGCUGGCCAAGUAUCUGGGCGGCGACAAGAUGUUUGCGGUCAUCUGCAAGUACGAGCACAGCUAGUGUUCGGCUAGGGGAUUAUCCUUUACUGUUAUACUCUGCAUUGUUUUUUAUUUACAAAUUAUUGUUAUUGCUUAAACCGGAAGUCCAAAAAUGAGAAACAAACAAAGACAUGAGAAAAUUAUGAGAUUCAGACUUGUGUGGUUUGUCGCUUGAAUUAAAGACUGCUUAGAGAGAACGUGUCCUUUAGAGCAAGGACCUCCAAGAGAGCGAAGCUGUAAGCCUAAUGCAAAGGGCACUUAAUAAAACAGAGCUGUAAAACUUAAUCAUUUUUU